ACCGAUUUCCUGUUCUUGCCAGAUGCAGGCCCAGGGGCCAUGCCCACCCAAGCCCGCAUCGCCCAAUCAAGGUCACUCCCGCUUUCCCAGCAGCAUGGGAAUCGCGAAUUUUUUCCACAACUCAACCUAGCUCGACCCACCUACCGAUUGUCGGGUUCACUGGAGCCCAGCUGAGUGUUGUAUGGGAGCCCUAACCCGCCGCCCUUCCCAUCCAAGCGUUAUUAACUCUCUUCUUCCGACCAGACCAUUUUUGGUGCUUAUUUUUUUCCCGCCUGAGUGGUUCGGCACUUAUCUCUUAGCUACAAGAAGACAUCGAGGCGUUAAUCCAUGCAUGGCUUCUACUACAUUCAAUCCGAUCCGGGAGCUUGCCACUCUUUCCUGAUAUUCUCUGCUUCAACUUCAUUUUCUACAUUUACUUCAACUUGUCAUGACACCGGACUUCUCUUCAAACCAAUCAGGAGAAAAGACUCGUCACGGUUGUCAAAGUCUUUGGCUUCAAAAAAAGAGACAAUCUGCUUUGUGUUGUUUUAGGUUGAUGGGCGAACCAGCAGAGAUGUCAUUGGGAAAGCAAAAUACCAGAAGCAUCUCUGACGACUCAUUGACCUUGGGAACUUCCGAUAUCCCAGUAUUGGAAGUUGACGACGAUUGUGAAAUGGGAAACGUGCAGAGUGACGAUGCAGAUGAAGGAGGAGAAGAGUCACAUUAUGGCCCCUUUUGGGGUCGUGAUUCAAGAACACUUUACCAUCAACCACGAAGUGACCAAGAUACUUUGUAAGUCGAGAUACACACCACCUGAUCAAGUCCAAUGGAAGAAAGUAACUAACUUCACACCCUAGAAACUCUACUCAGUCACUUUAUGAUUCAGACAUCACAUACUUUAUGAUCCAUGGUCGACGUUACUGUAAAGAUUAUUUCAUGCCCAAUGAUGAAGAAGAACAAACUCGCACCCAAAUCCUUCACACUGUCUAUCUCUACCUUCUCGACCAAAAACUCACCACCAUUGAACUCGAGAAUCCCACCAAGAUCCUAGACGUGGGCACCGGUUCGGGCGAGUGGGCAAUGGCCAUGGGAGAUGAGUACCCAACAGCAGAAAUAAUCGGUAUCGACAUCGCCAAAAUCCAACCCAGCGCCGUUCCACUGAAUGUGUUCUUUGAAAUUGACGACGCGGAAGAAGAAGGAGGAUGGACAUGGCCAGACAAUGAAUUCGAUCUCGUUCAUUUCAGGACUAUGGCAGGGGCUUUCAAAAGCUGGGAUGAAAUGUAUGCGCAAGCUUUCAAACACUUGAAACCCGGAGGCUGGAUCGAAGUCAUCGAUUUUGACAACCACAAGAAACUACUAUCGUAUUUUGAUAAAGGCUCGGUUGUUCACAAAUGGGUAGCAGCCAUCAAAGAAGCUGCACACAUAUCCGGGCGCGACCGCAAUGGAAAACAUCUCGAACCCGAACGUCUCGAGGCGUUGGGCUUCGUAGAAGUGAGUGUGCAAACGAGAUAUUUACCUUUAGGUAUCUGGCCCGAGGAUCCAGAAGCAAACCGAAUCGGGAAGCAUAAUCUCGUGGCUCAACUGAGCGGGCUGGAAGCCGUAUCUCUGAGGCUACUUACAGAAGUUUUGGGAUGGGAUCCAGCUGAGGUGAGGAGAGUGUGUAAAGUUGUCGAUGAAGCAUUCAGGAAGCUUGCUUUGGAUCCUGUAGAGGGUCAUGGACUGGGGGCUGGUGUUCGGAUUCUGGUGGGGAGGAAACCUGACAAACCUGAUCCGUCAAAUGAUACGACACCCGUCAAUGGUGCUGCUUGUUAGCACAAGGAAUGGUGUCCUUGAGUUCUCUUUUUUCCCGGCGUUCUUUCAAUGGGCGUUAUUGGCAUAGCGCUUGGGUUGCUCGUUUUUCCUUGCUCGAUGCUGCAUCUUGUCCACUCCACUCAUCUAACGAAUUUACGAUAACGAAACCAAUGGCGUUUUCCCCUUUUGGAGAUUCGGAACCCCGUCUUACCGAUAUAUUUAACGACGUAUAUGAUAAAAUUGGAGAGGAGGUCAAUAGAUCAUGCGGUGGUUAAAGGAAGGUGGAGAGAUAUAU